AUGCUUAGCCCGCAAAGUUCCGCGGCGCAGAGAGUGGGAAUCUUGCUCCUGGCUCUGUUGCUGUAUCACAGAGGAUCGCUCAUGGUGGAGGCCAUUCACCCAGUGUGUGCUCUGGUUGCACAGCACAUUAAAGCGCAGGAGCAGUGCAUCCACACACACAGGCUGGAGACACACAACCGCACGGCCCUGACAGGGUGCCCAACAGAGUGGGAUGAGAUCCGAUGUUGGCACCGGGCUGAGGUUGGUCAAGUCGUCAAUGUCUCCUGCUCAGACGUCUCCCAGCUGUUUGCCAAGAAUAAUGGUGUGAUUUAUAGGAACUGCACUAAGGACGGCUGGUCAGACUUGUACCCAUCAUAUGAGGAUGCCUGUGAAUUUGCAGAGGACGUGGAAUCAGAAGCGCCGACGGCGUAUUACUCCAUGUUCAGGCAGGUGUACACGGCAGGCUAUGCUACCUCCCUCAUCUCCCUCAUCUCGGCCAUCUGCGUCUUCACCGUCCUCAGGAAGUUCCACUGCACCAGGAACUACAUCCACAUCAACCUCUUCACCUCCUUCAUUCUGAGAGCCAGUGCUGUCUUCAUCAAAGACGCCGUCCUCUUCGGAGACGAGACUCUGGAUCACUGCUUCAUGUCAUCGGUGUCCUGUAAGUCAGCAGUGGCGUUCUUUCAGUUCAGUAUCCUGGCCAACUACUUCUGGCUGUUAGUGGAAGGAAUGUACCUGCAGACUCUCCUUGCUCUCACCUUUGUUUCCCAGAAAAAAUACUUCUGGUGGUACAUUCUCAUUGGCUGGGGUGUGCCAACAGCAAUACUAAUUAUUUGGGUCUUAACCCGGAAUUUCUGUGACAACAGAGGGUGCUGGGAUGACACAGAUGUGGGCUUCAUUUGGUGGAUCAUCAAAGGCCCAAUAACACUGUCGCUGCUGGUCAACUUCAUCAUUUUCGUCAACGUAAUUCGAAUUCUUGUGCAGAAGCUGAAAUCGCCGGGGGUGGGGGGAAAUGACAGCGGCCACUUCAUGCGGCUGGCUAAGUCCACGCUAUUCCUUAUUCCUCUGUUUGGCAUGCACUACAUGGUGUUUGCCGUCCUGCCAGAGACCACCGGAGAGAAUGUUCGGCUGUACAUUGAACUGGGUCUUGGUUCAUUUCAGGGCUUUGUGGUGGCUCUGCUGUACUGUUUUCUCAAUGGAGAGGUUCAGGCAGAGCUGAAGAAGAGACUAUGGAAGUGUCAAACCCAAAGUUAUCUGACCUACAGUAAACGCAGGAAGACUCUGUUCACAGACAGCAGCACUGUCACACAAAUCUCUGUUCUAGAAAAAUCCAGCCCUAAAGAACAGCCUUCAGCUGAGAACAGUAUCUCACCUGUCUGA